AUGGAUGACCGCACCAUAGAUUCCAUAUUUCAAGGCUCACUGGAGUCGCUGCCUCCCGUGAGUUCAAAGAUAGUGCGUAUAUUUACGAGUUCGACGUUUACGGACACCACAAUGGAGCGCAACACGCUGAUGGCCAAGUGCUAUCCCCGCAUCAAGGACUAUUGUCGCGAAAAGCAUGGCCUGGAAUUUCAGGUGGUCGACAUGCGUUGGGGUGUGCGUGAUGAGGCCACCGAUGAUCACAUGACCACGGAGCUUUGCAUGCGCGAAAUUAAAAACUGUCAGCGUCUAUCAAUGGGACCCAAUUUUAUUGUGUUUCUGGGUCAGAAGUAUGGCUACAGGCCCAUACCCACAUACAUAGUAUCCUCGGAGCUGGCACUCAUAUGCGAGGAGCUUACCUCGAUGGGAGUAGACCGAGCGCUGCUCGACUUGUGGUACAAAAAGGACAGCAAUGCAGUGCCGCCCAUAUCAGUGCUGCAGCCCAUUUCCUCCAUACUGAUCAACUUCAACAACAAGCGCGUGCCCAAACUGCAAGCGGAGGAUCAGGCUGUUUGGUGGGAUACGCUCAACAAAAUGCAGAAACUACUGCGCAAGGCCGCUGCCUCGCUCGGCGCCAGCAACAAAAUGUCCAAGGAUGAUGUGCACAACUAUUUCAUGUCGGUGACGGAGCGUGAAGUCAUCAAUGGCAUACUAAACGUCAAGAACACGAAGAAUCAUUGUCUGUCCUAUGUGCGCUAUAUAAACAACAUAAAUCUGCAGAAUCUGAAGAAGGCUUCGCUCUUUGUGGACAUUAUCAAUCGCAGCUUGGACACAGAGUCUGCAAAGCUGCUGGGGGAUUUGAGGGACACACGUCUUCCUGCCAAGAUGGAGGCGAGCAAUUCGCAAAAAUAUACUGUGGAAUGGAUUGGACGCGAGGGCUUGGACAUUGAGACGCACGAGGAGUAUUUAAAUCAUUUCAUAUCGCAUUUCUACAAGAAUGUGGUGAAGCUCGUCGAUCGGGCCAUGCGCAAAGAAGACUCCAGUGCACAGGGCAUAAUAGUAACUGAGAUCCUUCAGCAUUUGCAUGCUUGCAACAAUUCGGUGAAGAUCUUUUACGGUCGCGAGGAGAGUUGCGAGCGUAUCGAGCGCUACAUGCUGGGGGAUUCAGAUAAGCCACUUGUCCUAUUUGGCGAUGGAGGUUGCGGCAAGACUUCAUUGCUGGCUAAAAGCGCAUCGCUGGUUGCCAGCGAGUGGUUCGCCGACAAGCGACCCAUCAACAUUAUUCGCUUUCUGGGCACCACACCCGACUCGUCAGCCCUGACCGCUACGCUUAUAUCCAUAUGCCAGCAGAUAUCCUACAACUAUAUGCUACCCUUUGAGAACAUACCCGAUGAUCUUGUACCAUUAACAGCACACUUUAAGCAAUUAUUAACUUAUGCCAGUGCCGCUCAGCCUCUGACGAUCUAUCUAGAUUCAGUUGAUCAGCUGACGGGCACGCAAGAUUCCAAUAAGGUAUCUUGGAUACCAACGCGCCUGCCGCCCCACUGUAAGAUUAUAAUAUCGUGCGCUAAUGAGCCGGCAAAUCCAACGGUGUCGCAUGAGUACCAUGUGCUGCGGAAGAUGAUUGAUGUGGAGGAGAACUUCAUAGAGGUGACGGCACUGGGCGAGGAGCUGGCCAUGAAUGUGAUUAAAAUGUGGAUGAAGACGGCCUGUCGUGAUCUCAACAAUUACCAGUGGCGUCUGGUGGCCAAUGCCAUUAGCAAAUGCUCGCUGCCUAUAUUUGUGAAGCUGGUCUUUGCCGAGAUCUGUCGAUGGCGCAGUUACACGCGUCCGCAGGAGACACAUCUCGCCAACACCGUCAUGGACUCCAUUAUGCUGCUGUUCGAGCGUGUCGAGAAGCAACAUGGUCGCAUUCUGGUAUUCCAUGCUCUGGCCUAUAUAACCGCAUCCAAGUCGGGUCUGUCCGAAAGCGAGCUCGAGGAUCUUAUAUCGUUGGACGACAAGGUAUUGGACGAUGUCUAUCAGUAUCAUAUGCCGCCAGUGCGACGCAUUCCGCCGCUGCUAUGGACGCGUAUACGCAACGAUCUGCCCAACUAUCUAAGCGAACGUGAAGCGGAUGGUGUCAACGUUAUGAACUGGUAUCAUCGUCAGUUCAAGGAUACGGCCAAGGAGCGCUACUUUAAGAACAUGAACAUGGCAAUCUAUUUUCAUUCCAUGAUUGCAGAUUACUAUCUGGGCAUUUGGGGUGGCGGCGUUCCCAAGCCAUUCAAGUUUACAGAGAUACAACGUCAUCGUUUUGGCCUGGCGGAUAAGGAGGGGUCCGCAGAUCGCAAGGUGCCCAUACAACCGCUGGUCUUCACCAGCAAGGAUGGUCUCUCCAAGCGCUUCAAUCUGCGCAAGUUUGGUGAGCUGCCUUUUCAUUUUGUGCGCUCGCGCCGCUUUAAGGAUCUGUUUGAGCAUGUGCUCUUUAACUAUGAUUGGCUGCAUGCCAAGUUAUCUAGCUGCCCGCUGCAGGCGGUGCUGGCGGACUUUGAGGACGCCUCAACCAACACGGAAGACAAAGAGGCCAGGCGAGAGCUAAUGCUGGUGGCGGAUGCACUGCGCCUGGGUGGCGCCAUACUGGCCAUAUAUCCGAAUAUGCUAGCACCGCAGCUCAUAGGACGCCUGCUGCCCGAAAUUGGCGGCAAUCCCAACAUUAAGAUGCUGCUGCGCGCCUGUGAUCGCUCCGGUCCCAAGGACUGCGCGCUGAUUCCCGUGAAUCACUGUCUGCAUACUCCAGGCGGACCACUCAAGUACUCCCUAGAGGGUCAUCAGUUUGCUGUCUUUGCUUUUUGUCUGACCAGCGAUAUGCGUUAUAUGGUUUCCAUAUCCACGCACUUUAUAACCUUCGACUUGUCCACCUCGGAUCUGACCAGAGACGUCAACCCUGGCAUCGAGGGCAUUAUGCAGCAGCUUGUGCUUAGCCCGGACAACAAGUGGGCUGCUGCCUACUCCAACAACAAUCAGACCGUGCUGCUCAACAUGCUUUCCAGUGAAUUUGUGGUCAUCAAUAGUCCUUUCGAGGAGAGCGAUGGUCCUGUAAACGGCCUGCAUUUGCUUAACCAAAACUUGUUUAUCAUCUGCAAGCUGCGUUGGGCGCAGUUCGAUAUGCGCGGCAACUUGAUAGAAAUCUUUGAAGUGCCCGGCGAGAAUGCCAACUGGGAAGUCUUGACCAUGGAGUUCUUCAGCCCCACAGAUUACAAUGCGGUCUUCUGGUCGGGCUCCAUAAAUGACAUGCGUUUGCGAUUGGACUCCUGCCGCAGCGCAAGCUACUCGAACUCGGUGAACUUCUUCAGCGCGCUGGUCAUGAACAAGGCACGUACCUGCGCCUACGGCUGUGCCAACGAGGAGAACUUUGAGGUCUCUUUGUACGAGUUCAUAGUGCAGCAGGAAUCUGGCGAGCUAAGUUGGCAGUUGGUCAAGACUUUGCCACGCUUUGAGAAUGACGACAAGGAAAUGUUGCUACAGCUGCGUCUGGAUCAACAGCAUGAGCGGAUGCUGCUGGGCACCGCUGGCAAGGGUUUUGUCAUUUGGGACUUCGGUAGCACUGAGCCAGAGCAUGAGCGAGCGCCUUUAAGUGAGGGUGCCAUGUACUUACCUUUGCCGCAUGGCGUGCGCAACAUAACCACACGCAUUAUGCAAUCCAACUCCAUUAUGGUCAGCUCCAAGCUGGACUAUGCAGUGGCGGGCGUGCGAAAGAAUCUGUACGUUUGGUGCUUGCAGACUGGACAACUGGCCAAGGUGCUGGACGCGCACUUUGGACGCAUUAUACAGCUGGAGCCGCUGACAAUUGGCAACUGGAACAAUUUGGUUACCUCCUCCAUAGAUCGCUCUGUCAAGGUGUGGAACAUCAACAACAUUUUUGAGAAGGUGCACGUCAUUGAUCGCCAUGAGCUGCAGAUCGAUGACAUUAGUCUGUCCGAGGUGGACAUGGCAGUGACAGUGACACGCAGCUGUGUUGGUGUCUGGGAGACACGCUCCGGUCGUCUGCUGUCCAAGCUGGCUGAUAGUCCCUUGGGCGCUAUUGUUACACAUGCGGAAAUUACGCCAGACGGACGCUACAUUAUAUCCUCGGAAACGGGCAAGUUUCUGAUUUGGAAUCGCGUCUCCGAGCAGGUUGUUUAUCGCGAUGAUCAGCCAGGCAUACAGCAGAUAACGCUUAUGGAUUACGGCUAUAAGGUGCUCACCGUGUCCGUGCCGAACAUAAACCAGUCGGCCGCGGCCGUCGCAGCGAGCAGCGAUGAGACAAAUCGUCUGACGGCUAUUACAACAGUGCGUGCAGUACCAGAGGGCACAAUACUCUUUCGUUUCGAAUACUCAAUGCGCAUGAUAACAGGCAUGCCAUUCCGCCAGUCGGUCAUUACAGCGGACAAUGCCUACAUUGUGGUUGUCACAGUGGACAAAUCCAACAAGGAUUGUCUGGCCGUCUACAGCGCCACAAACGGCGCCUUUGUAUCCAAGAUACUGCUCAAGGGCUGCGCAAUUAAGGAGGUCUUCUCGCUGGUGCCCAUGCCGCACAAGGCCAACCAGAUAGCAGUGAUUAGCAGCGAGAAGGGUAGCAUUAUGGAUAUCAAGAGCAAGAAGCAUGUACGUUCCAUUGCCAAGUGGGGCGGCAGCUUAACAAGAGAUGGCAAAUGUGGCUUGUAUGCGCCCACCAGAGGCGGUCUGGAGAUGUUGGAGCUGCGCAAGGGCACGACUGUGAAGACAUUUAUACCCAAGGUAGCCGAGGGUGUCUUCUCAGUGAUCUGCAUCUUUACGGAGAACGACGAAUACGUGGCCUAUUAUCACAGCGGCCGAAAGACCAUUCGCGUUUUUCGCACUGCCGAUACGGAGAUGAUUGCCAACUAUAGACUGCAAGCGGAGCUAACAGCCAUUAAGAGCAGCAAAGAUGGACGUGCCAUAGUGCUGGGAACAGUAGAUGGCUGCAUGUCGGUGCUGGCCAUAGUGGAUCCCAAAAAGGAGGAGAUGAUUGACUAUUUGAAUGCGUUGCCGUCACGCGAUGAGAACUGGAAGGCCAAAUUGGCUAAGAUGAAGGCACGCGUGGGCUUCAAGGCGGCCAUUCGAGUGGCUACUAUAUCCUCGCGCUAUGCCAAGCACAAGAAUGGUGAGGCUGAUGGCGAGGAGGAGGAGCUUACAGAAAUAACAGAAGAUGUCGUGCCUGUAGCAGAUUAAUUUGUUAAAUUAGAAAUA